UCUUUCUUUCCUCUGACAAUCUCAUUCUCCUUCCCUCUUUUUUUGUUCGUCUUGAUCAUCCCUCUCUAACUCUCAUCAUCGACUCUCAAGGAAAAAUGGUGGAUUCCCCUGAAAAGGUCCUCCGACAACGGACAACCUUAAUGUCUGCUGUACCGGCGAUAUCCACAGAAGACGAAGAUGUUGAAGACAUUGAAGUGAAAGCAUCGGUAGUAACAUCCGUGUUUACCCCAACAGAAAAGAAGCGUUCGCUGACCGUUUUAGCAAUAUUGACAGUGCUCGCCAUCGCUACUCGCUUCUACAAAAUCUACGAGCCUGAUGAGGUUGUUUUCGAUGAGGUUCAUUUUGGCAAAUUUGCAUCCUACUACAUUCGCGGAUCCUACUUUUUUGAUGUUCAUCCGCCUCUGGCCAAGAUGAUGCUGGGUGCUAUGGGUUACUUUAUCGGUUAUGAUGGACAUUUUCUCUUUGACAAUAUUGGAGAUAACUACAUUACCAACAACGUACCUUAUAUUGGCCUUCGCGCCCUUCCAGCAUUCCUUGGAGCAAUGACGGUGCCCAUUGUGUACAUGACAAUGCGUGAGGCAGGAUUCCCUAUCGUAACAUGCGCGCUCGCCGGCUUCUUUAUCGCCUUUGACAACAUGCAGGUUACCCAAACGCGCCUGAUCUUGCUGGACUCGAUGUUAGUCUUCUUCAUGGUUUGCUCUAUCUACAGCUACGUCAGGUUCUACAAGACCAGGAAUAGUCCGUACUCCAUUCGUUGGUGGACAUGGCUCAUUGCCACGGGUGUUAAUAUUGCCCUGACUACCAGCGUCAAAAUGGUUGGGCUUUUUACAGUUGCGACUAUUGGUGUGGCUGUGGUUUGGGACUUGUGGAUCCUGUUGGAUAUUCGCCGUCGAUUGACCAUGCAGCAGUUUAUGAAUCAUUUCUGGGCUCGUGCUUUUGCAUUGAUUUUGGUACCCACAGUCGUCUAUCUCUUCUGGUUCUACGUGCAUUUUGCUAUCCUAACUCACAGCGGUCCGGGUGAUGAUUUCAUGAGCUCUGAAUUUCAGGAGACAUUGCAUGGCAAUACGAUGGCAGACGGAAUUUAUAUCAAAUAUGGAGACAACAUCACCAUUCGUCACAAAGAUACCUCGGUUUAUUUGCAUUCUCACCCACACAACUACCCACGAAGAUAUGAGGAUGGUCGCAUCAGUAGUGCUGGCCAACAGGUGACAGGAUAUGCUCAUGCUGAUCCUAAUAACAUUUGGCACAUCGCUAGUGCUAAUCCUGAUGAUCCUAAACUUGGCCAGAAUAUUAAGAACAAGGAUGUCAUUCGUCUUUUGCAUGUCGCCACCAACUCAUGGCUCUUAGCCCAUGAUGUUGCUUCCCCUACCAUGUCGACCAAUGAAGAAAUCACCACCUACUCUGCUUAUGAGGAUGGUUCUCGCUUCAAUGAGACAACGUUCCGAAUUCAACUCGACAGUGGUGGCGAUAAGUUGCGCACAAUGGCCAGCGCUUUCAAAUUAAUUCAUAUGGAUACUAAGGUUGCUAUCUGGACCCAUCAGCAAAAGCUACCUGAUUGGGGAUUUGAGCAGCAAGAGGUCAAUGGCAACAAGAAUAUUAUGGAUAAGUCUACGUUGUGGUGGUCUGAUAGUAUCGAAGGCAAGGAUGCCGAAGAAAUCAACAAAGAGGCUGAAAAGCCUGUCAAGCACCGUUCAUUCUUCCUUAAGUUCUUUGAAUUGCAGAGGAAGAUGAUUGCUCAUAAUUCUGGACUCACGGGCAAACACCCGUAUCAGAGUCAGCCUAUCGAAUGGCCCUUCUUAAUCAAAGGAAUCUCUUUCUGGACCAAAGAUACCACUCGCAAACAGAUUUACUUGAUCGGCAACCCCAUCGGCAUGUGGAUUGCUGUCGGAAGCCUUGCUGUCAUUGCCGGCAUUUCUGGUGCAGAUAUUUUGAGCCGCCGUCGUGGCUACUAUCCCCUCAACCAAGAUGUGCAAAAGCGCUUUUACUAUGCAACAGGAUUCUUUUUCGUAGGCUGGAUCUUACAUUAUAUUCCAUUCUUCUUGAUGGGUCGCUCCUUAUUCCUGCAUCACUACAUGCCCGCACAAAUCUUUUCAUAUAUGGUCCUCGCUGCUGUCCAUGGCUUUAUCUUUGUAGAGGGUGUGGAUGCGCCAAUUUCUGAACCCGGCCCCGAGGUGCGUCCACGCCGUCUCCAGCGUGCUGUCGUGCCUGCGCUUGCAUACAUCUCUGCUGCGGCCCUCGUUGUCUUGCACUUGGCCUCGUUCCUGUAUUUUGCUCCGCUCUCGUACGGAACAAGUGCAUUGGACAUUCCAGCUCUUGCGCGCCGCAAGUUGCUUCCACAAUGGGAAUUCCAUUUCACAAAGUGAAGAUAAAAGAAGGAUGGAAGCAAAAAGAGACAUUGGCAUAUAUAGCCUUCGUACGUAUCCAUGAAAAGGCAUCCCAAUACAUUAAGAAAAUGAUAAAAUAUAUUUUAUAUAGAAUGUCCU